UAAAUCUAUUUUUAGAAACAAGUGAGAGAAAUCUCAUUGACUUAGCCAUAUCAGUCUUGACGAUGUCUAUGUCGAUAAGUUAUAAUUAUUUAGAUUGCGCCAUAUGUUUUCACUCAUAUUUUCAUAUACGAGGGCUGAAAUAUAAAGGAUCAUUUUUGAAUAAUUGGAAAUUGUUCAGAACAAACAGAUAAUGCCGAAAAACAAGAAAAGAGCGAAGGUCCAGAAGUCUGGCGCCGGAUUGGUUGCAUCACGACCUCCUACUGAUGAUGAGUAUGAUACAGCGGAUAAUAUAAGUACUGUUAGUGCCCUGUCUGAUGAUACAGGAAGUACUCCAGAUUCAGUUGGAGAUGAAGUAGAUGAAACCAGUUCACAAGAACUAUUUGAAGACAAGUUAAAAGAAUAUAUAGAAGGCACAACACAAAAAAGUGCUCAAGGAAGAAAGAAUUGUUUAGAUGAAAUAAAGAAAGCUUUAAGUAAAUGUUAUUUAUAUGAUUUUUUAAUGGACAGGAAAGUAACAUUAAGUGAUUCUUUAACAAGAUGUUUACGUAAAGGUAAAGGAGAUGAACAAGCAUUAGCUGCAACAUGUUUUUGUUUAUUAUUCACACAACUAGGAACAGAUAUAGAAGAUAUAUUUAAUGAAAUUAGACCGUUGAUGUUGACUUUAAUGGCCGAUAAUUCUGUAAAUCUUAAAGCUCGCUCAAAGUGUGCAUUGGCACUUGCUAUUAGUAGUUUUCUUGCUUGUGAUGAAAUUGAGCAAGUGAAAAGUGUAAUGAAGGCAUUAGAAGACGUAUUCAGGAACUCCUACAGAAAGGGAGAUAAAUCUGUUCCUACACACAACCCAGAAACCUGUAGUUUUCAUUCACAGGCAUUACAAGCAUGGUGUUUAUUAUUAUCUAUAGCACCUGGCUUUAUAGUAAAUGAUAUAGUAUCUAGUCAUUUAGUAAAACUAUCUGAUCUGUUAUAUAGUAAAGAUUUAGAUAUUAAGAUUAGUGCUGGAGAAACUAUAGCUAUGAUGUAUGAAUUAGCUAGAGAGACUAAUGAGGAAUUUGAAGGUGAUGAUAUUGAUAAUUUAUGUGAGUUAUUAAAGAAUCUUGCCACAGAUUGUCAGAAAUCUCAAGCCAGAAAAGAAAGAAAACAACAACGAUCAAGUUUCCGAGAUAUUCUUAGAACCAUAGAGGAAGCUGAUGUUCCUGAAACCUGUGUUAAAUUUGGAAGUGAACAGUUAAUAUUAAAUAGUUGGGUUAGAAAGAAACAAUAUGAUACAUUUUGUCAAGUAAUGGGUCCUAGUAUUAAUCAACAAUUACAGUUUAAUGAAUUAUUACGAGAAAUAUUUGAUCUUGGACCUGUUAUACCAGUAGGAACUGUAAAAACCAAAUUAUCCAAACAUGAGAGAAAUAUGUAUAAAGCUGCCGCUUUCAAAGCAAGGACCAAGGCCAGGUCGAAACAUCGAGAUAAACGAUCAGUUACUUUAAAUGGAUUUUGAUGACGGCUUUUUCUUAGUAUUUAUUUGUGUAAUCAAAUAAUUUUAUUUCAAAAAAGACUUUAUGUUUCAUUGCCAACUAGAAAGUUGUUCCUCAUUGUGUUUUAAAUUAAAUUUAAAAAAACUAUUGAGUUCUAUAUGUCUGACUCAUGAGUCUUUGAGAAACUGUGAUAUGAAAUAUUUUAAUUCACAUUCUCUGAAGAUUUUGCUUCUGUGAAUGUGGUUUUUUUUGUACAUUAUUUUAGCGAAAUAAUUUACCGGGUUAUGUAUGAAAUUAUUGUAUAUUUACCAGAAAUAAUGUAAAAUAGAUUUUUCUUUGUUGAAUAAUGUUUUAUGCUAACUGUGCAUAUUAGUGAUUAAUGAACUCUUGAUGUUCUCAGAAUUGUUUACCUAAAAAACUUCUUUUUAGUUCUUUACUUACAAAAUAAAAGUAAUUGGUAAAAAUACUUUGUUGUAUGUUUCUACUUAAAAAAAACGUUAAAAACCUGAAUGUAAAAUAAAAAUCUUUGUUUUACUCCUUGGAUUUAAUUGAUUGCAUUAUUUGAGAUUUAUUUUUUCCAAAUGUGGCUUAUUUCAGUAUAGAUUGAAAUUGGUGUGCUAUUUAGCUAUAAUAUACAUUUCAGUGUGUUCAUAGUUAUUAUAUCACACAACCUCAAAUAAAAUUAUCUUUUUGCCAUUCAUUAUAAAAAUUGUAUAUAUUAAAUACAUCUUGAAGCAGAAAAACCUGAAUGUACAUUUUGUAAAGCUUACAGUUGAAUUUGAUCAUCUAUAGUGCUAUUAAUUCAUUAUGUCUUUACCUUUUCCAAGAUUAAUGUGAAUCUUCAAGAACAUUUCACUUUGAGUGAUACCUAUUUUGUUAAUAUUACUUUAAAAGUUUGCGUUUUUAAAAAAAAAAAAGAAAAAAAGUUUUUAUUGGAGAUAAGAUAUCAAAAAGCAGACUUUUUGAAUUGUUAAAAUGAACGAUUUUGUUACUAUUAUUAUAUACAGCAUAAUGUUGACUUGUAUAAGUAUAAACUUGAUAUCAAUAUAUUUAGGGGUUGUGGAUGUAAUGAUAUUGUUGCAAAAAAAAAAAUAAAGCUUUCCUUUCUUCAUUACAAA